AUGACUGAUUCAGAGGAGGAAAUUCCGGAUUUGGUUCCAAUAAAUAACUUUAAUGAUUCCACGAAAGAUCUGACAGACACAGAAACUGUAACAACAUGCAAGGCAGUGAAACAAAUUAAACAAAUAAGUGAGAAAAUAAAUACAAAAAGUUCUGGCAAAACUACAUUGCUCAAUUACAUUCUAACAGAGCAGCAUAACGUGAAGAUAGCUGUCAUCCUCAAUGAAUUUGGAGCCGGUAGCGCUUUAGAAAAGUCGCUGGCAAUCGGGGAGAAUGGCAAGUUGUACGAGGAGUGGCUCGAACUCAGGAAUGGCUGUAUGUGCUGCUCUGUCAGGGACAACGCUGUAAAAGCCAUUGAGCUGUUGAUGGGAAAGAAGGGCAACUUUGAUUACAUCCUAUUGGAGACCACCGGACUGGCCGAUCCAGGGCCCAUUGCCAACAUGUUCUGGGUAAACCUAGAUGAUAUACUAAACCUAAAUACGUUGAUGCUGGCUCCCAAGAGAAACGACUUGAUGAGAAAAGAAGUCAUUCACACCAAAGGCAUACGAUCAGUGACGGUAGAAUAUUCGAGAAACGUUGACAAGCAGCUGCUCGAGAACUUUCUCCAGCAGCUUCUGUGGGAGAAAAAUAUCGAGAGUUCAUCCAACAAGAGACACAUGCGUGUUAUCCGGAUAAAAGGAGUGUUAUCGAUAGAGAGCGAGGAACAUCAAGUACUGCUGCAGGGCGUUGAAGAAAUUUACGAACUCAAACAUACCAACGUCCCCUGGGCUGGGGAUGAUGUUCGGGUGACUAGGAUAGUCUUCAUUGGCCUAAAUCUCGACCUCGGUGUCCUCAAGUCAUGCGUUGAAAGUUGCCUGAUUGGUUGAUAGAUUGGGUGGCUGAUCAGUUGUUGAUUGAUUGAUUGAAUGGUUGAUUGAUUGAUUAGUUGUUGACUGGUUGGUUGAUUGAUUGGAUGGCUGAUUAGUUGAUUGAUUGAUUGGAUGUUGAUUGUUUGAUUAGUUGUUGACUGGUUGGUUGAUUGAUUGGUUGUUGACUGGUUGGUUGGUUGAAUAAUUUGAUUGAUUGAUUGAUUGAUUAACAGUUUCAGAUAAUAAUUCAACAACUCACCUAUGACCAAUCGCUUGAUUGGUUUAAUUAUUUAACGAACGACUGAAUGAACAAACAACUAAAUAAAUGAAUGAAUGAUUGAUUGAGCGUGGGUAGUUUCAGUUCCACUUCCUGUCUUUUUUCUAUUUUAACUCACAAUAAUAAAAAAAACACAAGACAUGCGAUUUUAAAAAAAUAAAA